GCUCCAUGAGGAGGGACAACCUGACCUGGGAAAGUGAGUUUGUCCUCCUGGGGCUCUCCAGUGACAGGCAGACCCAGGCUGGACUGUUUGUCCUAUUUGGGGCCAUCUAUCUGUUGACACUGCUGGGCAAUGGGCUCAUCAUCCUCCUGAUCGGACUGGAUGCACGACUGCACCUGCCCAUGUACUUCUUCCUCUGCAACCUCUCAGUGGUGGACAUUUGCUACACCUCUAGCGGGGUCCCCCAGAUGCUGGUACACUUCCUGCUGGAAAAGAAGACCAUCUCCUUCACCCGGUGUGGGACCCAACUCUUCUUCUCGCUGGCCCUGGGGGGUACUGAGUUCUUGCUGCUGGCUGCUAUGGCCUAUGACCGCUAUAUGGCUAUCUGUGACCCCUUGCGCUAUGUGGCAGUGAUGAGCCCAAGGUGCUGCAUUGGGCUGGCAGCUGUCUCUUGGUUUGUAGGCGUGGUGAAUUCUGUGGUGGAGACAGUGGUCACCAUGCGCCUGCCUACCUGUGGACACCACGUGCUGAACCAUGUGGCCUGUGAGACACUGGCAUUCGUCCGCUUGGCCUGCGUUGACAUCACCCUCAACCAGGUGGUCAUAUUGGCCUCCAGCGUGGUGGUGCUGCUGGUGCCCUGCUGCCUGGUCUCACUGUCCUAUGCCUACAUUGUGGCAGCCAUUCUGUGGAUCCACUCUACUGGGGGACGCCGCAAAGCCUUUGGGACCUGUGCCUCCCACCUCACUGUGGUUUCCAUGUCUUACGGGAUGGCCCUGGUUACCUACAUGCAGCCCUACUCCACAGCCUUGGCUGAGCAGGACAAGGUGGUGGUGCUCUUCUAUGGUGUGGUGACCCCCAUGCUGAAUCCACUCAUCUACAGUUUACGGAACAAAGAGAUGAAGGCCGCCCUGAGUCGAGUUCUGCUGAGCAGUUCUGAAUCAAAACUUUAGUAUGCAACUUUGUCUUAAGAGGCCUCACUCUGAAGA